AUGGCAGAGGGAGAAAAGAAACGUUUUGGUAACUUCGCAGAGUACGCAAAAGCUAGACAGGCGACCAAGGAACAGAUGCCUGCCACAGGGCCCGGUGAUCAGCCCCGAUACAUACAGCAAGGCAUGGGGAUCAUGGGGGCACAACCCGGCGGGAUGCCGGUAUCUCAAGGCAUGCAGCAAAGAACUAUGGGCAUGGGCGGUAUCGGUGGAGGGAUGCCUUCCAUGCAGAUGAAUCGCGGGCCCAUGGGAAUGCAGCAAGGUCAAGGGAUGUCGUUAGGGAUGAAUAGAGGAGGGAAUCCUCAGAGUUUCUCUUUCGAUGGUCAGCAGAACGGAAUGCAAGGAAUGGGACGAGGGAUGCAGGGCGGUAAUGGCAAUGUGUCCUUGAGUUCGAGCCGACUGACUUCAGCACUCUCUUCCGCAGGCCUGCAAGGGGGCCAAGGUUAUGGCCCAUCAGGAAUGGGAGGAUCUGCUCAUCAAGGCAUGGGGGGUGGGAUGCGAGGAAACGCUCCCAACGGCAACGUGCAGAUAGGGAUGGGUGGAUACGAUGGGCCCUCCCAGCAACAACAAGGUCCCAACAACAGCCUGAUGACUGGCGGUGCAUCGGCCCCGGGCAUGGUCGAACAAUUCCAGCGCAUGAAACUGGAAAACCAGGCGUUUGCGGAGAGUCAGGGUUUGUCAGGAGGAAAUGGAAGCAUGAGCUCGCAGGAAAAGACGGAUCGAUAUGGAAUGUUGGGGCUGUUGAGUGUAAUACGGAUGAACAACGACAAUCUAACGUUGCUGGCUCUGGGAACGGAUCUGACAAGAUUGGGGUUAAAUCUCAACGCUCCUGAUAACCUUUAUGAAACCUUCUACUCUCCUUGGGACGUCCGAGCGCCGAAGCAGCCAGACUAUCAGCUGCCAAGGUGUUACUCCAUCACUCCUCCAGCUCUCAAGACUGCAUUCUUCAAGAAGUUUAGCGACAUGCAAGUCGGCGUGCUCUUGUCUUGCUUGAGUCACACCCUGCCUAUCCAGGAGCUGAGAGCAAACCUUGUCAAGUUCGCCUAUACGGAGCUGGCAGCGCGAGGAUGGCAGUACCAGCAGGACAGCAAUAUUUGGAUCACACGGACUCAAAGCACGAAUGAGCUCAAGUACUUCGACAUGCAAGCCAUGGAGCUGCGACCGUUUGUGGGGACCGUAUCGCACAAGGCUGGAGGAGAAGCGCAUUGA